AUGGGGUGCGGCCACUCCAAGCUGGAGGAGGAGCUGGCGGUGAGGCACUGCCGCGACCGCUCCGACCUGCUGGCGCUCGCCAUCCGCCACCGCUACGCGCUCGCCGACGCGCACCGCGCCUACGCCGACUCGCUCGCCAAGGUCGGCGCCGUGCUGCACGAGUUCGUCCGGGGCGUGCAGACGCUGCCGGCCCCGCCGCCGGACACCGAGCUGCGCCUCCCCGCCGCGCGCAAGGGGGACGGCCUCCCGGCCGCCUCGCCCCUCCACUCUGGCGGCGGCCCCGCGAUCGCCUCCUCAUCUUCUCAUCCGCCGCAGGUCGCCAAGCAGGUGCGCAUCAACCCCGACGACGAGCACAUCCACUUCCACUCCGACGGGGACUCCGACUCCGACGACGGCCACAUCAAGUUCCACUCGGACGACGAGGCCGACCCGGCCCAGCGCCGGCCGGAGAUCGUCCGGUCCACCGGGCAGCCCCCCGGUCCUCGCCCGCCGCCACCUUCCCAGCAGAUGGGUCCGCCACCACAACCGUAUGGCUCCUCUGCAUAUGGGCCCCCUCCCUCAUACGGUGGUGCUCCGGCGUACGGCUAUGGUGGUGGGUACGCCCCUCCGCCCGACUACGGCGGCACCGCUGGCUAUGACCCACCUGCCUACGGUGGUGGCAUGGGCGGACCCAGUGGACCGGGCUACAGCAGCAUGGGGCCGCCCGGCGUCGAUGGCUACGACCCGCCGCCGCCACCGGGAUACGGCGGCAUGGGCGGCUACGGCCAGAGCUUCUUCAACAUGAGCUAUGCGCUCAGCCAGCCGCCGCCGCCAUCCGUCUCAUUCCAGCACCGCCCGGAGGCCGUCGAUGCCAAGGUCCACACCUUCUUCAACAUCAGCUAUGCGCGUGGCCAGGCCCCGCCGAAUUCCGUUUCGCAUGAGCACCGUCCGGAGGCCGCCGAUGCCACGGUCCAGACCUUCUUCAACACCAGCUAUGCCCGGGGCCAGCCGCCGCCGCCGUCCAUGGCAUACGAGCAGCGGCCGCAGCCCACCGAUGCCAGGGUUCAGUAUUAUGGCGACGGCGGCGCUCAGCCACCCCCGCCCGGCUACGGCGGGUAUGGCUCCCCGCCGCAGGGCUCAACCUCCUAUAACCAGUAUGCGUACGGUGGUUAUUACGGUGGUGCGGCUCCACCUCCGGCAGGCAUGCCGUCCUCCUCCCGCGAGGAGGUGGCGCCGCCGCCGCCUCCAUCUCCGCCGAGGGUUUCUACUUGGGACUUCCUGAACCCAUUUGAGACAUAUGGGAGCUACUAUGAGCAGCCAGCUCCUGUGCAAGCACCGUACACUCCCAGCAGGAGUUCCAAGGAUGUGCGCGAGGAGGAGGGCAUCCCCGAUUUGGAGGAUGAGGACAUGGAGGUGGUCAAGGAAGCUUAUGGUGAUGAGAAGCACCCUACCAAGGGGUACGCUGGGAAAGGGAAGGCAGCAAAGGAGGAAGGUAGGAGCAGCAAUGGGGAUGAAUUGCCACGUGAGUCCAAGUCGUCGGAGGCAAGCAGUAGCGGGAGCAGCUUGGAGCAUGAUGUCCAUGUUGUGGAGAAGAGCGUCGUGGGAGAACAGGUGCAGCGGUCUGAAGCACGUCAACAUGUCGCUGGCCUGCCCCCCGCAGGAUCAGAGAAGACGUACGUUGAUGACAAUGAGGUGGUCCUCGAGAUCAAGACCCAGUUCGAGCGUGCCUCUAAUUCAGCCGGUGAGGUAUCCAAGAUGCUUGAGGUCGGCAAGAUGCCUUACUACCAGAAGAGUUCUGGUUUUAAAGUAUCUGCCAUGAUGAUUUGCGGGAUACCGACAAUGGAGGAGGAGUUCCUGCGGUUCGAAGAGGACAAGGCGAUGGGAUGCGGCAACCUUUCCUCGACGCUGCAGAAACUCUACAUGUGGGAAAGGAAACUUCUUCAGGAAGUUAAGGCUGAGGAGGACGAGAGGCUUAAAUAUGAUAGGAAACGUGAGGAGCUGAAAAUGUUAGAUGAGAAAGGUGCAGAAGCUGAAAAGAUUAUGGCCACCGAAAAGGAAAUAAGGAAGUUAUCUACAAGGAUUAGCAUUGCUAUUCAGGUUGUGAACACUAUUUCGGGCAAGAUCAGUAAGUUGAGAGAUGAAGAGCUAUGGCCACAAACAUGUGAGCUCAUUCAAGGGUUGAUGCGGAUGUGGGAUAUUAUGUUAGAAUGCCAUCAGAUCCAACUGCAUGCUAUAUCCCAAGCAAAAAACAUAGACUCCAUGAUCAACGCUGCGAGAUUUGGGGAAGCUCAUAUGGACUUGAUCAAGAGUCUAGAGCUUCAGCUAUUGGAUUGGACUACCUGUUUUGCUGCAUGGGUUACCGCUCAAAAGAGCUAUGUUCGUACUUUAAAUGAGUGGCUGUUGAAAGGAGUUAUCUAUACACCAGAGGAAACGGAUGAUGGCGUGCCUCCUUUUUCACCUGGACGGUUAGGCGGACCACCGAUUUUCAUCAUAUGUAACAAUUGGGCAGCAGGUGUGGGGAGGAUAUCCGAGAAGGAAGUGGUCAAGGCAAUGCAAGCCUUUGCGUCCAACGUUUUCCAAAUCUGGGAGAGGCACAGGUCAGAACAAAGGCAGGGUAUGAUGGCCAAUAAAGGUAUGGACAGGGACCUUAGGGUGAUGGAACGGGAUGAACAGGCGAUGCGCAAGGCCCUGGAAGCGCAGAACAAGAAGCUCGUCCUCGUCUCUGAUCAGACUGGUGUAUCCUUGUCUGCACAGGCGUUACAUGACGGAGGCCCCCCGGCCGAAAAUAGUAGUUUGCAGUUGGGUCUGAGGAAUAUUUUUGAAGCAAUGGAGACUUUCACUACCGCUUCUGCAAACACCUAUAAGGAGCUCCAUCUUCGUGCUGAGGAAGAGAAAGUUCGAGUUACCCAAGAUAGUGGCAGAGUUCCUCCUUAACUCCCAUCGGUGUGUUUUCUGUUACAAGAGGACACAGGUCUUUGUCAGUGCAAAGAAAACUGACCCCGGUGAUUCAGAUUGGAACUUUAGUGUGCAUGGCAGUGGCGCAACUCUAGUGGAAGGCUUUCCACUGGUACAUCCAUGCAGACACUAUCCUUAAGCCCUAACAUUUGGGCUCCAGCAACGCCGGAAAUGUCCUCCGCAGGCUCAGCUCAGUUCAAGCUUAAGGUGGAAACUUGAUAUAUUGUGCUCUUGAAUCGACAACCGCCCUGCAUUUCCAGGAUUGGAUUUCCAGCCAUCAGCUCAAGCCAUGCCAGAUAUAUGCAUGCUUGGAAACAGGCGAAUUGAGCAAAGCGUGAUGGGGUACUCGUGCAUCUCAGCAGCGUAGCAGCACUUCUAGCCCAUCCUAAAUCAACAGCAAAUGAUCGGAGGCAAGCCAUUUCCGUCCGUGUAAAGGUAAACAAAGAUCAUCGUUCUGUCAGAUGUCAUGUCGGAAGUGUAGGUAGAUGAGUUAGAUCUUGCCGGAGUUGCAGUGUACAGACCGCGACAAGGCGGUGCCAUAGAUUGUAGCUGGGGAUCCCUGAUGCCGGGGAGGAAGUACCUGAGAUAUGUGGAGCUUGUGACCCCUGACGCCGAAGGACAUUACCUGACAUGUGGAGCUAGACAGCAGUAGCUGACUGUUUUCACCAUAGGCCAAUGAGCUCGAGCGUAGGAUAUAGAUCGCUCUGGCCGUCAGCGACAUUUUUGGUCGUUGUUUUGUUUAUUUUCCAUAUAGAUAUAUCAAUUCAUUCGUGCCGUUGGUUGGUUGUUGUACAGCUGCUGGCUAACUUAACUGAAACCGUUUUUUAGUGUGUUAUAUUUGUUCUA